UGGAACAGCUGCGGCGUCGCGCGGCAGCUCUCCUGCGCCUCUCCGCCAAACAAUAAAAAAAGAAAGGCCAACGAAAGGAACGAACAGAAAUCCAACGACGAUGCUGCUCGAGUGUCGCGUGUGGUUGUUGUUAUUGUGCUAGUGCCUGUAUGUAGGGGAAUAAUUUUUGUUUGUUUUGUUUGUCGUUCGUUUUUCGAAAAAAUAAGACGGUGCGAUCGAGGCAAGUGUAAAGAUUUGACAAGAGAGGAUAGGAGCGAGGGCGAGCGAGAGCCGACCAUGUGACGCACCGCCAGCGGGAACAAUGCACGAGGGGAGAAGGGCGUCGUUCUGAGUGCACGCAGGCGAUGAGCGUGGGUGGCGUGGAGGGCGGCGGUGGCGAGCUGCAAGAAUGCGGCGCGGGCAGCGAAUACGGAAGUGGCAGCGAAGAGACGGCGGCAUUACUGAGCCGGCCGAGCGUGACGCCGCUGGUGGUGGCGCCGCAGGCGGUGGUCGUGCUCGGCCAGGCCUCGUCCUCGUCGUCGGGCAGCCUCGCCACCGCGCCGCCCGCGGGCGCGCCAGCCACGGCGACGGCGGCGAGCGGCGCCGCGGCUAGCGGCUCCACCUCCAGCGGCAAGCCCGUGCUGCAGCGCCAGGACCGAGCCACCUACCUCGUCGCGUCGCCGCAGCUCUCGGUCUCGGGCCUGGGUGGCUCCGAGGAAAGCGGCACCGGCGUCGACGACCCCGCCACCAGGUCCGUGCCCGACAUCGAGUUGCAGUGUCGGCUAGACGAGCAGCAGCAGCAGCAGCAGCAGCAGCAGCAACAGCAGCAGCAGUCCGCCAUGCACGCCACCAUGCACUUGGUCUGUCAGUCGGCCUAUCACCGGCCUCGACAGAGCCACGCGCAUUACCGGUGCCGUUGCGACCGGAGGGACUCGCUCGCGCCCUCGUCCGUCUUGCAUCUGGCGAGGAGUGUCUCCAGCAUCUGUUCGACGUGUUCCAGAGAGAGCGUACGAAGUGGCGGUCACCACUGUUGUCCAUGCCAGGCAGCCGCGUCGUCGUUAUCAGCCAACGUGGUAAGCGGUGGUUACGGAUGGAGCGGCGGCGGUUCUGGAAGCAAUUUGCCACCCGCGGUCUUGGUCACAUCCUCGCCGACGGCGCGCAUGAUACGCCAAAGUUCGCAACCGGAAGCAGCAGCAGUGACGAUCGGCGGUGGUGUUGGCGGUAGCUGUUGUUGCACGAGCUGCAGCUGCCACCUGCACGCGGGCGGCGUAGGCACGAUAACGCCCUCGGCCGCCUCGUUGCGGCAGCUGCGCGAACCAGGCGACGGUAUUGCCGGUAUUGCCGCCGACUCCCUCAGGAUCAAUGGUGGCAUUCGUCAAUUCCGGCAGACCCCCUCGACAAAACCCAACAACCAACCAAACCGGAAGCAGUUUCCAUGGUGGUGCAAGUCGUCGUUCACCACAGCAACGACGACACCACCACAACACAGAGAACAGCAACAGCAGCUACAGCAACAGCAGCUACAGCAGCAGCAGCAGCAGCAGCAGCAGGCUGGUGGAUCGGCUUCGGGCGGCAGUUCAGGCUCUGGUGGUGGCCAAGGUGUUCUACUAUGUCCACGUACUUUGGCACAGGCGAGGCGCUCGAGGCUUCGACGUGCACUCACCGAAGCUACUGCCGAGACUGUCAACUACGUUAAAUCGCGUGCCGUCGAUAUACAGGCAAAUCUGCGGAAGCCGGCGUCGACGCUCUCGAUCCCGGGCGCGAUGAAGAGCAGCAGCAUGGGCGGCGGCGGUGGUGGUGGUGGUGGGGUUGGUGGCUCGGUGAACGAAGAUGCGUCCAUAGCACUGGUCGGCGUCCACUCGGAAUAUCCACGUGGGGUCGACGAUCCACGUGGCAUUGGUACUGGCGGUGGUGUUGUUGCUGGUGGUCCCGGUGGUAUGCACAAGUGUACAUCUGGCAGCAUCGGCGCCGCAUCCAAGCACAAGCCGAACGUUGGCUAUCGACUGGGCCGACGGAAGGCGCUGUUCGAAAAACGAAAACGCAUCAGCGAUUACGCCUUAGUCAUGGGCAUGUUCGGCAUCAUCGUCAUGGUCAUCGAGAACGAACUGUCCAGCGCCGGGGUCUACACCAAGGCCUCUUUCUACUCGACUGCUCUGAAAACCCUGAUCUCUGUGUCGACUGUGAUACUUCUUGGCCUCAUAUUUGCUUAUCACGCUUUGGAAGUUCAGUUAUUCAUGAUCGAUAACUGCGCUGACGACUGGCGUAUCGCAAUGACAUGGCAGCGUAUCUGUCAGAUAUCGGCGGAGCUGGCAAUAUGCGCCGUACAUCCGAUACCCGGUGAAUACUACUUUCUAUGGACAACCAAAUUGGCGAACAAGGGUGGUGAUAUUGGUUCAAUCUGGGUACCAUACGAUGUCACUCUCUCGUUACCAAUGUUCUUUCGACUCUACCUCAUCUGCCGUGUGAUGCUGCUACACUCCAAAUUAUUCACCGAUGCAUCGUCGAGGAGUAUAGGAGCAUUGAAUCGUAUCAAUUUCAACACCAGAUUCGUACUCAAAACACUCAUGACCAUUUGUCCGGGCACUGUUCUACUUGUUUUUAUGGUAUCGCUGUGGAUCAUCGCAUCCUGGACGCUGAGACAGUGCGAAAGGUUCCACGACGACGAGCACGCGAAUUUGCUCAACGCCAUGUGGCUCAUCGCCAUCACCUUUCUCAGCGUCGGCUUCGGCGAUAUCGUCCCGAAUACCUAUUGCGGACGUGGUAUUGCCGUCUCUACUGGCAUGAUGGGUGCCGGCUGCACAGCUCUGCUCGUCGCAGUAGUCUCGAGGAAACUGGAAUUGACUAGGGCGGAGAAGCACGUUCACAAUUUCAUGAUGGACACACAGCUGACUAAGAGGCUGAAAAACGCAGCGGCGAACGUGCUGCGCGAGACGUGGCUGAUCUACAAGCACACGCGGCUAGCGAAACGUGUUAAUCCAGGCCGCGUGCGCACCCAUCAGCGCAAGUUUCUCUUGGCCAUUUACGCAUUACGCAAAGUGAAGAUGGACCAACGUAAGCUCAUGGACAAUGCCAACACCAUCACGGAUAUGGCCAAGACGCAGAACACGGUGUACGAGAUAGUGUCGGACAUGAGCAGUCGUCAGGACGCGCUGGAGGAGCGGCUGGCCUCGGUCGAGGACAAGCUGAGCGCGCUGCAGGACCAGCUGGAGCUGCUGCCGGACGCACUGGCGCGCUGCAUGGCCCAGCACACCGAGCGCAUGGAGCAGCGCCGGAACUUCCUGCACCCGGACACGGCCGCCGGGAGCCUCGCGCCCACCCCAGCGAGCGGCGUCGCCGGCUCGCUGCUGGGCGGCAGCGUCGCCCCCACGGCCACGGCCUCCAGCUUUCCGGGCUUCGCGCCGAUCGGCGCGAGCGGCGCCGUGGUCGCGCCGAGCCUGCAGCAGCAGCAGCAGCAGCUGCAGCAGCCGCUGCUGCCGCACUCGCGGAGCGGCCCCAGCGUGGUCGCCUGCUCCAACCCCUGGCCGCAGUCGCCGGUGCUGCCGCCGGUGUCGAGCAGGACGCCGCACCUGGUGCCCGACACGGGCCGCCAGUCGUCGAGCAGCGCCUCUUCGCAGCCCGUCUCGCGGCAGCACUCGUCCUCGUCGCAGUCGCAGCAGCAACAGAUGUCCGGGCUUGGCACGAGCCAGGGCUCCGACACGUCGCCCCACAGCUGAGCCUCGUCGCUGCAGCCGCAGCACUCUUAUUGAAACCGUCUGGAGGAUUGCCUCGGGUGCAUCGUCGCGCUUCUUUCCGUAUUUCCGGAUGAUCGGACUCGUCUCGAGCUUCGGUUCGCAUCGUAUUUUUGUAACGCGCUCGGGAGCGUGCCAGGCGACAAAUGUGCUGCUUUUCGCUCGGUUAACCCGUCUGGGACUGCGUUAUCUUUCUUUGUAACGAUCUAUUUUUCACCCGUUCCUUCGUGUCUUCUGUUCUCGUGUCAACUAGGCAUAGACCUACAUUCUUUUCCUUGCCGAUGAGUAUUGGACUCAUGUACAUAAACAGUUUUGUAAGAAAAUGACGCGAGCGAAAAUGCAACGGCAAAAAAACAUGGGAAGUGAAUUCUUACGAUGCACACGUGCGCGAAAAUUCUCCGACCUGCUGUGAAGCUGCCAACCUGCCCAAUUUGCGUGCCUGAUCGACGUAUAAUGUAAGGACAAAAAAAAAGCAAAGUGCACUAGCGGAAAACAAGAAAGAAAAAUAAACGAGAGUACGCGACGCUCGAAACUAACGCCGCUAUUGCUCGACAACGAUUCCACGAGUUCGUGAACGUGUGCGAUUAUUUGUACGAAAAAUAAAUACUACGAAGCAUACAUGAUCAUGUAAAUGACGAUAAAGGUGAGAAUUAACUGAGGACGAAGAAGAGAAAACGACGAUGUGUGAAUCUCUAGUGUAAAAAUAAGACAAAAAGUGCACCUAGGGUUAUAUAAUUCAUUAUCUUUUCCCGUGAGUAGAUGAUACGUUGAUUAUAAUUGGGCUAAUUGGGCUUGGGAGUGCGUACAUAUCAUCCAAAGUAAACAGCCAAGUUUCGUUCGGGCAAGUCGCCGAAGACGUGCCCGUCUGGAUGCUAUCGAGACGUUCAAUAGUACGCACGCCUCCAAGCGUUCAAGAGUAAAAACUAGUCCUACGCGAUUCCGUAGAAUUGUUAUCGUUUUAAAGACCGUAUCGCGACGUCAAAUACUUUGCAACAAGUCGACUGCAAGCUGUAUAUAUUUGUUUUGCUUAUCGACGAGAUAUCGCGCUGCGCGAAAUUCCAAAUUUCUACGAUUGCUCCAUAGUGAAAGCCAAAGGUUACCUUAUUUCAAACUAUAUUCGCGACAUAUAAAUUUUUAAAUUCUCUAUCGCUUUGAAACUGCGCAGGUGAAAAGAGCCGACUAUUUCUUAUUAAAUGCCACUGCACGACAACUAUCGAGAAUGUCUUCUCGAGAACCUUCUUCUCCUUCCUGAUUAAAUUGCGCUCUCUUUAGCCCCUGCUCCGCCCCCCUGAAGCAACCCUCCCUUAUGGCGCGCUAGUAGCUGUGGUCGUCAUUGUCCUUCUCUAUCUUCCUCAUCGCAUUUCAAGUGAACUUGAAUAGAUUGGAACGUGACGCGUUGAAACAAAUAGUUUAUCGAUCCAAAUCUCGCAGCAUCGCCUUUUCGGCCGUUUAUUGUAGUCCACACUAAUUUCUCGGUUUUUUUUAUUUUUUAACCAUUUUAAUAUUGCACAUGAAAUAGUUGGCCUCUGGAACUUUUAACAAUACAAACAAGCACGUUGGGGCCUACAUUUAUUCAUUCAAGCGAAAAAUAAAAAGAAACUGUCGAUGUCGUUUUGUCCGUCACUGUUCCGAAAAAUAUAAUAAAACGUUUGCGAACCGACUCGCAAAAUUUCAUGGCGAAACGGGACCAAAAUACAAAUUCGCUGAAGACAGAGUGGUUUGAAAAAAAUUUGUAAGAGAAAAAAAAAACAAGAAAAAUCUAGAAUGACAUUUUAUUCGAUAGUUCAAUUUCAACAAUGAUACAGAACUAAUAUUAAAUUCAACAAAUAAUUUAUCAAAUUAUAUUGGCAUUCAAAGUGCUUGAGAAAAUGCAUGUUUCUAUCUUGGAUGAAAUGAUUUUCUAGAUUUGCGACGAACGGCUGAGUUUUCAAUUCUGUCUUUUCAAUCUCGUAGAAGACGUACUGGACAUGACAACCACGCGCAAUAUUUUUAUAUAGAUAUCUUGAAAGUGCAUUAUAGUGCCAGGGAGACCAUAUGCCAACUAUAAUAGGUAACAAAAAUGAAUGAGAUUUACGGAAUAAAAACAAUCUCAAUUAUUAACUUCAUUUCUAAAAUAAUGAAAUUAGAAAUGAACUAAAAAUCAUAGCAAAUUAUUCAAAUUAACGUGGUAUAAUAUCUUAUUAACACGGCUAGUACUCACUCAAUUUCAACAAUAAUAUAAGCGUAAAAACACGUCGAGCCAUCAAUUUUGAAUGCACAUCAUUAGCUUGACUUGUAAAUAACAAGAAAUUGUUGAAAAUUAUUAUAAUUUUUCGCGCAACAGUAUUUGUAUGUAUGCGUUCCCUGUAAAUAUGCCAAAUAUAUAUGAAAUAGUUCAUCUUAUCGUCUCGGGUUUAAACAAUUUUUCAACUUCGUAAACAAACAUUAAAAACCAUUAGUAUGUUAUUUGACAUUUUAAUUAUCAUAGUUAUAUAUUUUAAUAAUACUAUAUCAAACGUUUCUUACGCUGUGAAUGUCUUUUUUCGGCAAAAUAAAUAUAAAUUUUAUCACAUCAAUUUCAUGACAUGUAUUAAAAAGUCACUUGUUACAUAAUAUUUAUUAUCAGAACUAGUCACUAUGCCGCCAACGUUUUCCUAUGCUUGCAGGCAAGUCCACUUAAUGGCAUUGUCCACUUAGUAUGUGAGCUAGUAAAAAAAUAGUUAAAGGCAAGCUACUAAUGAUUAAAUACAGAAUCGAAUAUGACAGUUGUUAUUAAAUAAAAAUAUUGCUCUGUUUAAAAAAAUUUUUUUUAUAGUAAAUAUGUUCGGUCUGUUUGAUUUUUCUACAUAAAAGUGAGAAUUCAAUAAUUAGUAAACAGUAUUAUAAAUAAUUAACUUUAUUAAAAAAACAUUUUGAUUAGAAAAAAAAUAAUAAAAAACAGAUAAUGCUUUUUUAGGAAUAUCAAAAUUGAGGAAAUCGUGAACGAUAACAACAAAGAAAUGCCGUCGGUAGCCUUUGAAUAAUUAAUUUAGUCUUUUUAUGAAGUAUUGAUAUCUACAUAAUACGUGAAACUGGUUUUACAUAAGUUUUUAACACUUCACGCUGGCGAAAUAUUACAUACUAUUAUCACUAUAUAUCACCUACGAAAAACCUACAUAUUACAUUAAAACCUAUCAAAGUGUAAUAUGGCUUAUACACUAUGCGCGGACAAAAGGAAGCUGUCGAAUAAUAAAUGAAGCGGUAGGUACAUUUGAAUAGAAUUUAGGUAUAUAUAUAUAUAUAUAUAUAUAUAUAUAUAUAUAUAGAUUGCAACAAUUCAUAGUAAGUGGAAAAUACGAAUAAAGCAUAAUUUUGUUGAUAACGGAACAGAAACAGAUAUAGGAAAAAAUAAUUAUAUUAUACACACGUGACAUUAUUUCAGUGAUUUAUACAGAGAAAUUAAAUGAUAAACUAAAGUAAAUUGACAAUUAGGACUAAAAAUAAAAAAUAUACAUAAAUAUAUUUACAAUUACCGUUGUUGUUAUUACUAUAUUAUAAAAGAAAAACGAAUAAAAAAUGAUAUUACGACUAUUACAUUAGUUACGUACCAUAGAGACACGUAGAGUUAGACGUAGAAUAUACAUUUCGACGAUUUGACUACUGUAUAUUGAUCAAAUGAAAAAUUAAACUAAACAACAACCAAAACAAGAUGGAAGAGAUAUUUAUCGAAAAAACGAUAUAAUUCAUUAUUAAAAAAGACAAUGCAGCUACAUUAGUUGUUCGACGUAAAUAUGGAAAAAAAUGACCAAUCGUUAAAAACUCAGAUUCUUAUACAAAUAAAUAUAUGUAUGUAUGUAUGUAUGUAUGUAUGUAUGUAUGUAUGUAUGUAUGUAUGUAUGUAUGUAUAUAUAGACAUACAUACUCCAUAGGCGAAAGCACUUUUACAUGAGUUUUUCAUUGAAAGUAUAUAUAUAUUAUACAUAUACCUUUUUAAGGAAAAUAUAAUAGAAAAAUAUAAUAGUUCGAGCGAGACAGCGAGGUGUUUCGCACAUGUUUAGGCACUCUAAGAGAGUAUUUAACGACAACCGAAAUAAAUAAAUUCAACAAAAAAAUUAACUCAAGAAUAAACAAAAAUAAAAUAAUCGAUUACCAAAUAAAUAAGAAAUGAUAAAAAAAGUAAUGAUAUUUAAAGAAAAGCAAAGCAGUUAAUUAAUAAAAAAUAAAAUAGUCGACGAAUCCUAAUUCUCUCGAUCUACUUCGAAAACGCAGUGAAAGAAAUAAAAAAGUCCUAUAUACUUUUUUCAAUUUUCCAAUUUACCUCUCUCUCUCUCUCUCUCUCUCUUGCUCUCUCGUUCUCUCUCUCUCUCUCUCUCUUUCUCUCUGUCUGUCACUCUCCCUCUCUCUUCCUAAUUCACAUACGCAUACACCCCUCGUUAUCUCUCAAACUUCUAUGUCCUUUGUCUCACAGUCAAUCGAAGACACACACACGUGCGAGUGGUACAGCAAGUGCGUGUCUGUUGGAAUAUACAAAAAUGGGACCGAGAACGAGUUUUAAUCUUUUCUUUAUUUUUAUUUUCUAGCUCAAGAAUGUAUCAAAAAUUUCGUUGCGAAUGUUUUUUUCAUUGUGUAUGUCAUAAGUAUCAGGUACUUUAAAAUGUAAACUUAAACUGGCCGAAAUAUCGUGAUAAGUCGUGAAGAUUAUUGUCGCUUGCUUGACUACAAUCAUCCGACCUAUCGCGCAAUUUCAUCGCCACUAGAGUAUUGUUAUCGGAGUUAUCUCGUAAGUUAUGCCGAAGACAUGAAUACUAUAAUAUUGUGUUUUAUCAUAAAUGAAAUUAGCAUUGUUGCCGUAAGAAAGAAAAAAACUCUAAAUUCAAUGAGCUCUUGCAAAUCGAAAAAAUUUGCAUUGUAAACACUACAAAUAGUUGUAUUUAUUUAAACAUACAGCGUGCAAAGAUGUAGCGAAAGAACAUUUUAGGGGUGCGAAUGUUAUCUAGCGCACGCGCGCGUAGGUUUUGUCGCCUAAUUAUUAUCAAGCAAAAAAUAUAUAUACAUAUAAAUAAUUAAAUAUAUCUAUAUAUAUUGUAUCGACGCCUCGGAGCUAUUGAAUAUACAAAUAUGUUUCAUUGUAUGAGCUGGCCUUGUACCACCUUAUGCGGCAAAUUAAAAAAAAACGCAAAGGAUAAAAUCCUAUUAAUACAAAUGAUGCGAGUUGUACGAACACACAUUUUCUUUUCGGCGUUUAGGUCUUUUCAUCCUCGUGCAAUUAGCUGAAAAUCGUGUUCAAAUAACAAAAAAACAAGAAAAGAAAAUGAUACAAAACGAAAAACGAAGAAAAUAAUAUAAAAUGUAUAACAACGUAAAUGAUAAUUAAACUCGUAGGGACAGUCUCCUACUAAGGGAACAACUAUCGUAAUUUAAUGGACGUAAGGGGAGAGAAAGAGAGAAAGGAUGAACAAACAAGGCAGAUAAAACAAACGAAACAAGCAAAAAACACUAAUGAAAAAAAAGCGAGCAUGUGCAAAGCGAACUCGUAAUGUUAAUACAUACAAGAAUUUCGAUGUAAAUAGAUUGUGAAUUUGAGAUCGUCUUUAUAUUUUAGAAAGAAGCACAACGUUUGUUACGAGGAAAAAAUGUUACUCUAUAAUGGCUCUAACAUUAAAUUUAUUAAAUUUGUUAGCAG